AGGACCCCGCAGUCCACUAUGGCGGCGCCCGGUGGAACUUUAAACUGUGAGGACUUUUCAAUGUUUCAGGAGGUGCUGAAGGUGAUGCGCACUAUAGAUGACCGCAUCGUCCAUGCCCUGAACACCACCGUGCCCACAGCCUCCUUCUCAGGAAAAGUGGAUGCCACACAAACAUGCAAACAACUCUAUGAAUCUAUGAUGGAGGCCCAUUUGACCAGAGACAAUGCUAUCAAGGCCUGUAUAGCCCAAACAUCUGAGGUGGUCGGACAACUGCGUGAGGAACGAGCAAAAGACGGCGAAAACCUGGCAAUCAUCAAACAACUCCGAAAGGAGCAGACCAAACUAAAGCUAAUGCAGUCAGAGCUGAAUGUUGAAGAAGUUGUCAACGAUAGAAGUCUGAAGGUUUUCAGUGAAAGGUGCAGAAUCCACUACACGCCUCCGAAGGUGAAGUGAAGCUCUCGUCCGAUGAGAUGAGCCGCUUCACUCGAGGUUCGAAUCCAGACUGGAGCUGAGACUGUGGCCAGCUGCUGAGUCCUGACUGCAGGCUGUUCACCAUCCAGACCUCUCUGACCUCCUCUCCAACUCACUUAUAUUCCAUUGUGAUUAUUCUAUUGCAUUACCACCGCUGUAAAACAGUCAUCUGUAUGCUUCUUUAAUGAGAAACAUUGUACAAAAUGAGUUUUUUAAAAAGACAGUGAAA